CAGGCACGGCGCGCCCUUCGGUUUCGCGAGCUGGUGUUUGCCGCCUCGGUUCCCGCGACCCCAACGUCCCAGAGGCGGGUCCGAAGCUGUCCAGGCGCUUGCUGGAGCCUUCUUCUGUGUCGGCAACGGCCCGAGCCCAGCGGUGCGGAGCCUGCCCUGCGUGGGGCUUGGCCCUCCCUGCUAGCGCCAGGGCCGGAAGCUGCCGGGAAAGGAGGGUGGGUUGCGGGGCCUUGUGUCGGGUUCGGUCCUCAAGGACGCUGGCGCCGAUGACUAGCAGGGCAGUGACGAGGAGUAAAUCGGAGCGCCGAUUCCUUGGGCGUCGUCCACUCUGCGGUGUGUGGUGCAGUCGGUAACGUGCCAUGUAAAGCCGUGGACCCAAGCCCUGGCUCCGACCCGGUGAGGGGCUGCUGAGGAUUUGAAAUUGAAUAAAUCAUUGGUCAAAUAUUAAGGAGUCUAUAUUCUCUUGUAAGACCCCAGAUGAAUAGCAGGUUUGCUUCAAGUAGGAUGGUACCUUUUUAUUUUCCUCCAUCAAAGUAUGCUCUUUGGAACCCAAUGCCAAUUGGAGAUGUCAUCUACUUACAUCUCAAUUACUACAGAAAUCCCAAGAUUUUUGUGACUGAAAAGACCCUUCGGCUUGCUUAUCGUCAUGCUAAGCAGAAUCAGAAAAUUUUGUCAUGCUUUUUUCUUGGUUCUCUUACAGUGGAUGAAGAUGAAGAAGGUGUCACAUUGAGAGUAGAUCGCUUUGAUCCUGGUCGAGAAAUACCUGAAUGUUUAGAAAAAAUCCCAAGUGCCUCUCUUCCUGGGGACUUUUUGAUUCCAUGCAAAAUUCAUACUCAAGGACUUGGUGCAAGAGAAAUUAUGGCUCACAGUGCAGAUGACUUGAGUUCAACUUUUAAGGCUUUGCAACAUCAUGUAAGUAGCAAAGACUCCUUGGACUGUAGUAAGCUGCUUUCGCUAAGAGCUCAAAUCGCUUUCCGGGAGAAUCUGGACGAUGUGGAUUUCGAGUUUUGUUGGGCAGCAGUAACCUUCUCAAAUAACUUUAAAUGCACACCUGUGAGGCCCAUCCCCAUUAUUCCAACAGCUUUGGCAAGAAACUUGAGCAGUAAUUUGAAUAUUGCUCAAGUUCAAGGAACUUAUAAAUAUGGGUAUCUUACCAUGGAUGAAACACGCAAAUUGUUACUUUUGCUGGAAUCUGAUCCUAAAGUUUAUUCUCUGCCAUUAGUGGGAAUUUGGCUGUCUGGAAUUAUACAUAUCUACAGUCCUCAAGUAUGGGCUUGCUGCUUGCGAUACAUGUUUAGUUCUUCUAUUCAAGAAAGAGUUUUUUCGGAAUCUGGAAAUUUCAUCAUAGUCCUCUACUCUCUGACACAUAAGGAACCCGAGUUUUAUGAAUGCCUUCCUUGUGACAGUCGUGUCUCUGACCUUCAGUUUCAGUUAUUAACCAACAAAGAGACAUUACAUCUUUUCAAAAAUGUUGAGCCUUCUGACAAAAAUUCAAUCCAUUUUGAACUGAGUGCCGAAAGCCAAGCUGCAGAAACAGAGUUCUUCAACAAGGUUUCUGCGAAUCUUUCAGUUAAGAGAUCAUCCCAAAAAUCAUCUCCUGGGAAAAUGCCGCUAAGUGAUCCUGACUCUGGUGUUGAAGAUGAAGAUUUUUCUCCAAGACCCAUUCCUAGUCCUCAUCCAGUGAGUCAGAAGAUUUCAAAGAUCCAACCGUCAGUUCCUGAACUUUCGCUUGUGUUGGAUGGCAGUAUUACGGAAUCAAACCCUCUGCCUAAGCCGCUGGAAAUGGUGAACGAUGACCAUCCUCCUCUGUUAAUGAACCACUCUGAACCCUUGAAACCACUGCAACCCCACAUCUGUGAUGAGAAACAGAGCUUUGAACCUGGAGAAUCUUCCUUGAGACAGAUACCAAAUCAGUUAAGGCAGGGAACUGUUCCUUUGAGACACUGCAAAGUAAGACAGCCAUCUGCCUGUGCAAAAGGAAGCCCUUAUAUCAGGGACAGUGUCAAACCAUCUUUUCCUAAUGGGCCAGUUUCUGAUACAUCUGAAAAGCUUCAGUCUUCUCUUGCUCCACAGCCUCACUUUAACAAUUUUGUUUCACCCCCUAUUUUGGAAGGACCAGUGGAACUUCAGCUGCCUACUCUACCAUCACCAUCUUACUGUUGUGCAAAUGUUUGUGGAUGUUGUCAGCAUCAUGGCCAUAUUCAAUAUAGUCCAAUAAAGUCUUGGCAAGGUACAAAUACAAUAGGAUCAUUUCAAGACCUGCCAUCUGAAGCUCUUCAGAAGCAUCCAUUAAUUCACCCAAGUGGAUAUCCUGUUGUGUGCCAUAACGCCUUGUAUUCUUCAAGUAGUCCAAUAGCCUUGAGACCUCAGGGAGGUAUGGGCAAUUGUUCUCCUUGCAACAAUACUGAACCAUCUCCUGUGGCAAAUCUGCCUUCACGUGUGGAUCCUUGUACUCCACAGCCCUAUGCAGUGUGUAUUCACACACCCAAGACUGCAUCUGAUAAUGGCAUGAUGGGCCUGACUCCAGAUGCAUAUCGGUUCCUCACAGAACAAGACAGACAGCUAAGACUACUUCAGGCCCAGAUUGAGCGUUUGUUGGCAGCACAGCCCUGCUCCUGUAAGACAACCAGUGUUGAAGACACAGUGCAAGCAGCGAGACAAAAGGAGCUCGUUUCCAUGGAAGCACAACCUUCCCCUGGCUUAUACAUGAGAAAAAGUGUGAGCAUUGCAGUGAGCACAGGUGCUAGCUUGUUCUGGAAUGCAGCGGGUGAUGACCAGGAGCCAGACCCUCAGCUGAAGCACGAUGAUACCAAGAUUUCCAGUGAGGACAUGAAUUUUUCUGUUGAUAUUAAUAAUGAAAUCACAAGUCCGCCGGGUAGUGCCUCGUCCUUAAAAGCCGUUGAUAUUCCCAGCUUUGAAGAGAGCAACAUUGCUGUGGAAGAAGAUUGUAAUCAGCCACUUUCUGUGUCAAACUCCUCCCCAAAUAAAAGGAAGGAACCUGAGGUGCGAGUCGGCUUGCAGUGUCUGCUUGCAGACAGUGUAAACAUGUGCUUACAGACACGACCAACAGAGGGCGCCAACGACCCUGAAACAUCUCCAGAGACGAAAACCAAGCAGGGAGUGCGACCCUUGCCACAUGGACCGUCUGAGAACCAGAAAAUUUAUGAGGAAUUAUUGGGUCAAGUGAACCACCUAUUAAAUAACUCCUCCCAAGAAACUGAGCAGCCAUCUGCCAAAGCAGUAAUAAUUAGCCACGAAUGUACCAGAACCGAGAAUGUUUACCAACAAAAGAAAAAAAUACAAGAUUCAGCACUGGUAGACAAAGAUUGUGUCCUUAAUGCAACUAUUAAGCAGCUAAGAAGCCUUGGAGUAAAAAUUGAUUCUCCCACUAAAGUGAAGAAAAAUGCACAUAAAGUGGAUCAUGCCAGUGUAUUGGCGUGCAUCAGCCCGGAAGCAGUGAUCUCUGGACUAAACUACAUGUCAUUUGCUAAUGUUGGUGUGAGUGGUUUAAGCCCCAACGGUGUGGACUUGAGCAUGGAGGCAAAUGCCAUAGCUCUGAAAUACUUAAAUGAAAAUCAGCUGUCACAACUAUCUCUUAAUCAGUCAAAUCAAAAUCACUGUGACUCAUUAGUCAGUCCUUUGCAUGUUAAUGGGGACAGAAGUACAGUUGGGCUGAGUUUAAUUUCACCAAGCAACAUGUCAUUUGCAACCAAAAAAUACAUGAAGAGAUAUGGACUCAUACAAAGCAGUGACAAUAGUGAAGAUGAGGAGGAGCCUCCCACCAGUGCAGACAAGAGUGAACCCGUGCUGAUUGAAAACCUUGCAGCCACGGCCGAACAACUCAGUCAUCAGAAAGUAUCUCCUAGGAACACCUGUGAGGUAGUUAACUGCUACAGCUGUGAGUCUGUGGGCACCCACCCAGACAUGCCAGUGUUGAGAAAUAUUACAAAUGAAGCUGUACCACCAAAAGCAAAACAGCAGUUGAGUGAAAACCCAGAUUUCUUGCUAAAGAAGCUUAAACCAAGUCCUGCAGUGAACCUCCGGACUGGAAAAGCAGAGUUUACCCAACACCCUGAGAAGGAAAAUGAAAAGAAGGUUCUGGUUUUCCCAGAAAGUUUGCAGCCUUCUGAGACUUUAAACCAAAUGAAUAGCAUGAAUUCAGUAGGCCCCUUCUUAGAUGUAAAGCGUCUCAGGCAGCUGCCGAAGCUGUUUUAAACCUUUAGCCUCCUGCUCUUGUGGGAAGCCAGAGCCUUUUGCUAGUUUUGAGGUUUGCGGUCAUUCUAGCACUCAGGCUGAUCCUUGGUGGCAGCCGUUCGCAAAGAGCUGGCCAGGUGACUUGGUCACCUACGUGAGGUCAGUUACUGCAGACACCACACUUCCGAAUCUGCGCUGCUCUUUCUACUGGGUGCUUCAGGACGGGAGUCCAUUGUCUUGGCGUGUCGGACCUCUGCAUCUACCCCGUGUCACCUACUGAACAUGAAGUCCUCACGACUUAGGUUAAAAUAGAAAAAUCAGCCCUUCUUGAGUUUAAGGGAAAUAGUUAUCUUUUUUAAAUAACCAAAUCUUUUGUACAGGGACAGCAUUUCCUCUUAAGAUGUAUUUGUAACACUGUGGAAGUAAAACUUGUGCAGUGUGAUGGGCUUAUGUUAAUGUGACAUUUUCAAUGUACAGCACUAGUUGCCAUAGGAUGAUAAAAUUGUUGGGUAGGUUUUAUAAACUGAGCUAUUCAAAUGACUUAAUAUUUUUGAUAGGACUUAAUAAUAAAAAGUCUUCUUUUGUUA